AACUUGGAACUGCUUGACCACAUCGAAAUCCUCAGGACUUCUGCCACCCUCGAACGCUCCGCUUCUUCGCCCGAACAGCUUCGCACAAAUAAAUCAGUCACAAUGGCCGUCCAACCCAUCAUCGGUAUGCUUCGACGAAACCUCGUCCUAGAUCUUAGCAUCGCUCUCGGCUCUGGCUUCGUCAUGGCCAACUUCUUCUGGUACGGCUUCCACAUGCCCCGAACCAACGCCCGCGACAACUACUACAUCAAGCUCGAGGAGGAACGAGCUGCUCAGAAGAACGAGUAAAGCAAAGACAUGCCGAGUCGAAAUCGCAUCACCCAAAGCAAGGGCAUGGGGGAGACAGGAAGUGCACAUAGAGGCCACUAGCCAAUGUUUCGUUUGUCGUGUAGCUGGGUACAAAGCAAAAUACCACCGAGGCUUCAUCCGCAUCGAUUGCUGGGCAACCUGUACUGUAGACUAGGGCAACCGAGUCGUACGUGCUUUGAUC